UAUGUUUGCAAAGGUCUAGGUUGACAUCUGUGUGUCCGCUAGAAGAGCAGGGAAAGCCUCCUGCAAGUCCAGGCGCAAAGUCCUCUGUCGCUGCUGGAAGCUGACGCCUGGAUGGAUGCGAUCCUGAAUUAUAGGUGGGAGGACUGCGAGGACUUCUACACCCUGCUGGGAUGCGACGAGCUGUCCUCGGUUGAGCAAAUCUUGGCAGAAUUUAAGGUCAAAGCCUUGGAAUGCCAUCCUGACAAGCAUCUGGAAAACUCCAAAGCUGUGGAGACUUUUCAGAAACUGCAGAAGGCGAAGGAGGUUCUGACCAAUGAAGAGAGGAGAGCCCGCUAUGACCACUGGCGGAGGAGCCAGAUGUCCGUGCCUUUUGAGCAGUGGGAAACUUUGGCCAACUCAGUGAAAACUUCAAUGCACUGGGCUGUCAGAGGUAAAAAAGACUUGAUGCUGGAGGGAUCUGACCAGACUUGUACCACCAAGAUUCAAAGCAAGGAACAGAAGGAACAAAGAGGAACAAAGAAAGAUGACCUGGAUUCAGCCGCAGAGAAGCUGGAGCAGAAAGAAUCCCUGUCCCCAGACAAGGCACGCCGCCUGCAAACUUCUAACUCUCCAAGUUUUUCAGAUGUAAACUGUGGGCACCUUCGUUUCCGCUGGUCUGGCGAUGUUCCCUCAGAACUUCUGAGGAAGUUCAGGAACUAUGAAAUCUAAAGUGCUGCGAUCUGUAAGAGAGGACGAACUAGACCCGCGCUGUGCUGCCCACGUGACCUUCGAUGUGCUGUCUCUGUUCAUGCCUUGAAAACGCCAUGUUUGUGAACUGCUCAGUACGGUUGAGUCCUCGGUCUCUGAACCCAUCCUCACAAUGUGCUUUGUUUAAUUUUCUGCUGGGGAUCGAAUCCAGGAUCUGGUGUACACUCUACCAUUGAUCUACCCCCCUAGCCCCUCAAUGUAUAGUUUAAGUGAGAAAAGUUUUAGCUUAGUUUCUUUCAAUAUAUGAGUAAAUUAUGUUUCUUAAAUCUAAGUAGGUUGUAUUAAAUCUGUUUUCUUGUUAAUGUUAUUUAUAGAUAUCUAUUAAAAACUAGUCUCUAUUGAUAUCUUUGUGUCAGACAUACAAAAAAAUGUCUUCUGACUUUUGACUUAAAAUGAAGUGUAGAGUUACUUGUCUGAAUUCCAUAGGGUUAAAUAAAUAAUUUCCCCAAAGUUUAUAAUUGCA